UUGUGAUUAGGGUAGAGGUAAAUCCAAGAGUAAUUGAAUAUUCAAUAAUUAAUUAAUAAUUAAAAAAUGGUCCUAAUUCAUAUUUAAUUAAAUGUAUCGUCUCCAAGAAAUAUUAAACGAUGUCUAAAAGAAAAAAGAAGUGGAAGCAAUAAUAACAGUAAAAAGAUGCCAAAAACCCACCUUAUUUUCACUAUUUUAGUUUUAUAUUUACAUAUUUUUCAAAUUUCCACCCUAUACGAUGGGGUGGAGGCCACAGAAGGCAUAUUGGAGUCUCCUUUAUGUUGCAACUUAACAGAGGAACAAGUAGAAGUUGACUACACUUCUAGAGUGGUUGAAAAUGAAUACAUUGUUAUGUUCAACGGGUAUUACAAAAACCAGGCCCGAGCAGGCUACAUUCGUUCAGCCCUUAACGGUACAGCUAUUAAAAAGUGGACAAUUGUCGACAGAGAAAAUCCAGCUAGCGAUUUCCCUAGUGAUUUCGAUGUUAUUAUCCUAGAAGACACCAAUACACUAGAAGGUUUGAAUGCCCUCAAUGUCCAUCCAGCUAUCAAAAGAGUCACAGCCCAAAGAAUGGUAUCUCGUACUUUGAAAUUUCUCAGUCCCAAAGGUAUCAGAUACGGCAGGACAAAGUUAAGCUCCAAAGGACAGUUUUGGCAAGCUGCUGCUGCAAGGCAUCACAAUUCGCGUAAACUUCUUAGAGCAGUACCAAAGCAGAUUACGUCAGUAUUACAGGCCGAUGCUUUAUGGAAAAUGGGAAUAACUGGCAAAGGCAUAAAAGUAGCAAUAUUUGAUACUGGAUUAUCAAAGAGUCACCCUCAUUUUAAAAAAAUCAAAGAAAGGACAAAUUGGACCAAUGAAAAAACAUACGAUGAUGGUUUAGGGCACGGCACUUUUGUUGCAGGGGUCAUAGCUUCACAUAAGGAAUGUUUGGGAUUUGCUCCUGAUUCAGAACUUCAUAUUUUUAGAGUGUUCACUAAUAAUCAAGUUUCAUACACUUCAUGGUUCUUAGAUGCAUUCAAUUAUGCAAUUUUAAAGAAAAUAAACGUAUUAAAUCUUAGUAUAGGAGGGCCUGACUUUAAAGAUCAUCCAUUUGUUGAUAAAGUUUGGGAAUUGACUGCUAACAAGGUUAUUAUGGUGUCCGCUAUAGGUAAUGAUGGCCCUCUUUAUGGCACCUUAAAUAAUCCAGCAGAUCAAAUGGACGUCAUUGGGGUAGGUGGUAUAAACUUCGAAGAUCAAAUUGCCAAGUUUUCUUCCAGAGGUAUGACAACAUGGGAAUUACCUCAAGGUUAUGGCAGAGUCAAACCUGACAUAGUAACUUACGGCUCUGCUGUUAAAGGCUCACACAUCAAAGGUGGCUGUAGGACACUUUCCGGUACCAGUGUUGCAUCGCCUGUUGUUGCUGGUGCUAUAACUUUACUCGCAAGUGGAGUUUUGCAUAGAGGCGAAGACAUUAUAAAUCCAGCCAGCAUGAAACAAGCUCUUAUGGCUUCGGCUAGACGAUUACCAGGAGCUAAUAUUUUCGAACAGGGCCAUGGAAAGUUGAAUUUGUUGAAGGCCCAUCAAAUACUUAAUAAUUAUAAACCUCAAGCUAGUUUAAGUCCAAGCUAUAUAGAUUUAAGCGAAUGUCCUUACAUGUGGCCUUAUUGUACUCAAUCUUUGUAUUACGGAUCUAUGCCAGUCAUUGUCAAUGUAACUAUUUUAAAUGGAAUGGGUGUCACUGGAAAAAUUGCUAAUAAACCUGUUUGGCAUCCUUAUACACCACAACUAGGUCAUCUUUUGGACAUAUCAAUUUCCUAUUCCGAAAUCUUGUGGCCUUGGUCUGGAUGGUUGGCUGUUAGCCUAUCAGUAUCGCUAGAGGGUGCUGCAUAUGAAGGUUUAGCACAAGGGCAUGUAACUGUUACCGUAGAAUCACCUCCUGAAAACGGAGAAAUUGAUCCCAGGAUUAGUACGAUAGAAUUACCUAUAAGAGCAAAAAUAAUUCCUACACCUCCAAGACACAAACGAAUCUUAUGGGAUCAGUAUCACAAUUUAAGAUAUCCGCCAGGGUAUUUUCCAAGGGAUAACUUAAAAGUUAAAAACGACCCUUUGGACUGGAACGGUGAUCAUAUUCAUACCAAUUUCAAAGACAUGUAUCAGAAUUUGAGAAACGCUGGCUACUAUAUUGAAGUAUUAGGCUCGCCGUUUAAUUGUUUUGACGCUUCCCAGUAUGGUACAUUGUUAAUCGUUGACCCAGAAGAAGAAUAUUUUCCAGAAGAGAUUGUCAAAUUGAAACGUGACGUGGAAGCUGGCCUUUCUGUUAUUGUUUUUGCUGAUUGGUACAAUGUUACCGUUAUGAAAAAGGUGAAAUUUUACGAUGAGAAUACUAGACAAUGGUGGAUGCCGGAUACUGGUGGUUCAAAUUUGCCAGCAUUAAAUGAACUCUUGGCCUCUUGGGGUAUUCAGUUUGGCGAUAGAACAUUUUCCGGCCACUUCAAAUGGAACGAUCAUGAAAUGUAUUAUGCAUCUGGUACUAGUAUAAAUAAAUUUCCUACUGACGGAAUAAUUUUGGCUGCUGAAUUAGAAGAUGAAGGUGCUGAGGUUUUAGGUGAAGUGGAUCCAAACAAAUAUAAAAUCCCCGUCCUCGGUUUGCUACAAACUUCCUCGCCGGCUCGAGGGGGAAGAGUGAUUGUUUACGGAGAUUCUAAUUGUAUAGAUACUAGUCAUUUAGAAGUGAGCUGUUAUUGGCUUUUAGAAGCCAUGUUAGAGUAUACAUCUACAUCACAUUUGCCUUCACUUUUUAAGGAUAAUCAACUUGACAAUAUGCCAACAACACCCACUGACCUACCAGAACGAAUGGAGGGUAACAGGUUGUAUAGAUUCUCCAAAGUUCUGGAAAGUGAUUUGGGUGAAACUCACACAAGGGCGCUACCGCAGUGUCCUCAUUUGGUUUGGGCCAAUCCGGUACCGCUAAAUCAAUCGGCACCAGGUAACUUGUAUCAAGCGCAGAAGCUUUUGUCUGUGAUUGAAGAGGCACAUGUGCCCUUAGGAAAUAACGAGGAAAACACAAUAAAAGAUGCGUCAGCUGGGGAGAACGGCAAUGGAGAAUUCAUCGAGUGGAGUUGGAGAAAUAAGCCUGUGGAUUCGCCUGUUAAACAUGACAGCUACGACGUUUCGCUUACCAUUGUUAUUAUACUAGCGCUGUUGCUGUGCUAUUUUGGUAUCAAAUUUUACAGGAGAAAACCAAAAAAACGGAAAUUGUGUCGGAAACUUUUGACUCUUAUACAGUGCAAAAAACUUUCGGUUUAAAGAUCUGAUCUAGCGAAGAUAUUUUUUAAUUUAUUAUUAUUUUCAAUUAUGUGUUCUUGAGAACAAAUUGAGAUGAGCAAAUUUAUACUGAGUAGCGCGUUUGUAUAGUUGUAUUCUCUCUAAGAAAAAUCUCUUGAAUGCUUCAGUUUUAUCUAAUCACGAUGAUAAUGGCUUUCAUGACAAAAUAUCACGAAAAACUGUUACAGUAUAGACAUCAAUAGUUGAGAAUAUUCUUGUGUAACAGUAGUAGAACCAUCUUAUCUAUUGUGGGAGCAAGGUUUAAAACCUAGUGAAAAUUUUCAGCUGCAAAUCUGCCAAUUCGCCUUUAGUUAUUUUUUUUUAUUGUUCAUGUUUUCCUAACUUAAUAUAAAACGUUUUGUAAAUAAAUGUAUGAGU